AUGGGAAGGAGAGUGCAUAUCUUGGGAACUGAUCCUCGGGCCUUCUUUAUUGCCCACCGUCUCGCCAGCUACGAGUACCUCGAGCCUGUCAAGCUGCUCAUAAAUAAGAGGGCCAUCAUGAACAGCUGGGAAUUCGAGGGCAAGCGUCUCCUGAUGUUGAAGGGUGAAAGGAAGAGCUUCCAGAACCGCGCCGAGGCCGAGUGGGUAGGGAAGGGAAAAGCCAUACCCAGCUCCGAGCACAUCGAGCAGUUGAUCGUGACGAUCCCCUGCUGCCAGACAGUCUCGGCAAUAUACAACAUUAAGCACCGUAUCGACAGCCGGACGACGAUCUGUCUUAUCCAGGACGGGCUGGGGGUUGCGGAGGAGUUGAAUGCGACAUUGUUUCAGGAUCCUACUACGCGACCAACAUAUAUCCUCGGGCACAUGGCCGCCUCCAUAGGGUACUACAAGCCCAUGUUUUUCUCAUCCAUGCUCCGCAAGCCCGGAAAGCUAUACCUGACGGCCCUGGAGCGUGGUAUCAACCUUCCCUCCUUCAUCAAGUUCCAUCCGCCCGUCGAACGCCGCUCGAACGCCGUCCAGUUCAUGCGGACUUUAGUAGCGACGGAUGGACUCAGCGCGGGCGGAUACAGCCUGGAGAACUACCUGAUCAAGAAGCUCCCCGCGAUUGUCUUCCAGUGCAUCAUCGAGCCCAUGGCUAUCGCAAUCGACGCUACCUACGAUCAGGUUCUGCGCAACGAGCACGCGAUCCUGCUCGCGGACGAGCUGCUGGAGGAGCUGUUCAACGUCAUCUGGGCGCUGCCCGAGCUGACCAACUUCUCCAAGGUUGUAGAGCACUGCGGGAUGGAUGCCCUGCGGAAGUACACGCUGAACCGGCUCGCGGACAAGGGACCGGCGCAGAGCCAGCUGCUCAGUGCCGUCCGCGCGGGCAAGAUGGUGGACAUUGACUACUUGAACGGAUACUUUGUCAAGAGGGGUCAGGAGUUGGGUAUCAAGAUGCCGCAGAACGAGAUGGUGGUUGGUGCCGUCAAGGCAAGGAUCGAGGAACGGAGGAAGCAGCUGAGGGGUCUUAUCCCAUUUGAAGGGUUGGCUUCACUGAAUCCGCACACAGAUUAG